AAGCUGACUUCCGACAAAGCCAACUGACAGCGGAAACAUUUAGCCUCCGAAGUAAAAGCUUAGAAAGUCUCUUGCGUUAUUACAGCAACACAAAACCGUCGUUACCAUAUUAUGAUAAUAACGUUACAUUUAGUAUUUUUAUUCAGCAAACAGUGUAGCGUUAACGUUACGCCUGACAAAACGACAUAACGUUAGCGUUAACGCUGUUAACUUCCAUGACUAUGCCUUCCAUGCUUUCAAAUCGACGCGGUUUUGAUUACAGCGAUGGGAACGUGAAGCUCUCCUCCAUGGCAUGAUGUUAGCGGUUGCUGCCCACUGAAUGCGCACAGAUUCUACUCUGCCGUCAUGUGGAGUUCACUGUGCUGAACCUCUGACGGUAACCACAUAUGUGUGUAGGCCUACGGCUGUUCGUUACGAACAGCAGAGACGGUUUAACAGUUUGUUUUUGAACGGAAAUUACGUGCCGUUACGUUACCGAGCUUGACGCUGGUCUGCUAACUUCUGUGUGGUCAGCCAACCGAAGCAUGGGGUCAUCGGACUAUCCGUGUUUUACUCGCUAGGUUAGCUAAAUGAUUAAAAUGCCGCGUUGAGGUUGAUACUAUGGUCGAUAUUUGCUUAUUGAUGUUAUUUAUUUGAUUUUAUUAAAAUGGAAUUACUAGCCUGUGCGUAUUAGCGAACUCGUCUCUGUAUCCCUCAUCUCAUCGACCAGCGUCCUGAACACCGCUAGCUAUGAUGCGAUAAUGAAUAACAGCCGUCGAGGGAAGUUAUAAUUGCCAUUAUCACAGCUGAAUGGCUACUAUAGCAGCUUGUCUGCCUUCAUUUGACGCCUGCAUGCUGUUAUUUCGAUAGCCAUUUGAGCUCCGCGUCGGGAGGAACCGCUAUAUUCUUUGCGGAAAUAACCGAAGUGAUCGCAUUCACUGCACCGUAGUUCACGUCCGAAAGAUGUCUUUCUUCAAUUUUCGGAAGAUAUUCAAGUUGGGGCCUGAUAAGAAGAAGAAGCAGUAUGAACAUGUACAUAGAGACGUUAACCCCGAGGAAAUAUGGGAUAUCAUUGGGGAGCUGGGAGAUGGAGCGUUUGGGAAAGUCUACAAGGCUCAGAACAAACAGAAUGGGACCCUCGCUGCUGCCAAGGUUAUUGACACAAAGACAGAGGAUGAAUUGGAGGAUUACAUGGUGGAGAUUGACAUUCUGGCCUCCUGCAACCACCAUCACAUCGUCAAACUGCUGGAUGCCUUCUAUUUUGAAGGCAAACUUUGGAUUCUGAUUGAGUUUUGUGCGGGUGGUGCAGUGGAUGCCAUCAUGCUGGAACUGGAGAGGCCCCUGACGGAGCCCCAGAUCCGUGUGGUGUGUCGGCAGACCUUGGAGGCCUUGUCUUACCUCCACGAGAACAAAGUCAUCCACAGAGACUUGAAAGCCGGGAACAUUCUCCUCUCCUUGGAUGGAGAAGUGAAACUGGCUGACUUUGGGGUGUCUGCUAAAAAUACCAAGACGUUACAGAGAAGAGAUUCUUUCAUCGGCACUCCGUAUUGGAUGGCCCCAGAGGUGGUAAUGUGCGAAACUUCCAAGGACCGUCCAUACGACUUUAAGGCCGACAUCUGGUCCCUCGGGGUAACCCUGAUAGAGCUGGCACAGAUUGAGCCACCCAACCACGAGAUGAAUCCCAUGAGAGUGCUGCUGAAAAUAGCCAAGUCCGAGCCCCCCACACUAAUGCAUCCUUCUCGCUGGUCACCAGAAUUUAACGACUUUCUGCGGAAAGCACUCGAUAAGAAUGUGGACAACAGGUGGAGCACAUUACAGCUUCUACAGCAUCCUUUUGUUACCAGUGUAACUGAUAGCAGACCUCUCAGAGAACUCAUAGCCGAGGCCAAAGCUGAAGUCACAGAGGAGAUCGAGGAUAGCAAAGAGGAGGAGGAGGAAGAAGAGCCUGAUACACCUUUGGCGGCUCCUGGGCACAAGCGAGCGCCAUCAGAUGCCAGUGUGGCCAGCUCAGAGGACGACAAAGUCCCACCAACUCCCUCCACGCUGGAAUCUGUUACAGAAAAGAUGGAGGCUGAGCGCGCUGAGGACCGGACCAGUGAUAAGCUCUCUGAUGAAGGACUUGGAACAAGUGAGGUAGACAAGACCGAGGAGGAGAAACUCAACGAGGUCUCUGAUGCCAGUAAUGAAGACCUGGCCUCUGGGCUAAUAGAGCCCACCAAGGACUUUAUCUCACAAGAUCCUAAAGAACCUACUAAACCAGAAGAUGCUCACGCUGAAGAGAUUGCUGCUGAGCCUUUAGUAUUGCAGCCAGAAGAACCUGUAGACCCAGUGGAUACACAAGAACUUGUCACAGAUGGUCAAGAAGUAGAGGAACAGAAGGAGACAAAGGAAGAGAAAAUGCAGGAUGAACCUACCCAAGUAAUAAAAGAAGCAAGAGAGCCAGAGGAGGUGAAAAUAGAGGUAGAAAAAGAAGAUGGUACAAAAGAAUCCAUAGAAUCACAAGAGCAACCUGAAGAUGCAACUGAAGAACCGGAAUCCAUAUCAGGAGAAGUGGCACAGGCAGAAGAAGAAAGCAAAGAGCCAGAUGAGGAAACGCCUCACCAUAAAGUGACCGAGGACAGAAUAGAAGACACAGCUAAUGGCACAGUCCUAAAUAUAGACACACAGAAUAUAGAAUCAAAUGUAGUGGACACAAACAUAAAUGGAGAGACAGACACAAAGUCGAGCGUGGGUGAGUCGUCAGCUGAGGUGUUGUUGGAGAAGGAGGCCAUAGAGAGUCAGCCAGAGGAAAAGCCUGAAGAUGAGGCCACUAAGGAGGCAGAGCGGCCUGAACAAGAGAAUCAGCCCAAGGGGGAGGUUGAUCUGGAGGAACAGGCCCCAACUGAAUCCAAAAAUGUAGUCAGUGAUGAAGCCAAAGACACUUCUGAGGAUUCAGAACAAGUGAUCCCAUGUAAAGAAGGUCCUGUGAAGGAAGAUGAGGAGAAAGCUACUCGCGCAGAUGAGAGCAUUUCCCAAGAUACUGUCUCCGUCCCAGAGAGCGAAACCGAUUCAGAAAGCAAGAUUGAGCAUGGAAGCCCUGCUGUGAUCAAGCCGGAUUUGGAGAAGGACUCUGACUCUGGAAGCAGCUCUGCUGCUGAUAGCAACAGUCUUGACCUCAAUCUGUCCAUCUCCAGCUUCCUGUCCAAGAGUAAAGAAGGGGGCUCUGUGUCUAUGCAGGAGUCAAGGCGUCAGAAGAAGACUCUGAAGAAGACACGUAAGUUCAUGGUGGAUGGCGUGGAGGUCAGUGUGACGACAUCAAAGAUAGUGACAGAUAACGACGCCAAGAGCGAAGAGAUGAGGUUCCUGAGGCGGCAGGAGUUGAGAGAGCUGCGCCUCCUGCAGAAAGAGGAGCAGAGGGCCCAGCAGCAGCUAAGCAACAAGCUGCAGCAGCAGAGAGAGCAGAUCUACCGCCGCUUUGAACAGGAAACUACUGCUAAAAAGCGUCAAUAUGACCAAGAAGUGGAGAACCUUGAGAAGAAGCAGAAGCAGACCAUUGAGCGACUGGAACAGGAUCACACCAGCCGUUUGCGAGACGAAGCCAAGCGCAUUAAAGCGGACCAAGACAAGGAGCUCUCCAAGUUCCAAAACAUGAUGAAGAACCGGAAGAAAGAGGCAGUGGCCCAGGUUAUGAUACAGUCUUUUCAGUUGUCCUCAUGUGCACUCUUCAACGCUCAGAUGCAGGAUGAGCAGGAGUUCCUACAGAAGCAGCAGCAAGACCUGGACGGAGCGCUGAAGAAAAUCAUCCAGCAGCAUAAACUGGAGAUCACCACUAUUGAGAGAGACUGCCUGAACCACAAGCAGCAGCUGAUGAGAGCUCGAGAGGCGGCCAUGUGGGAGUUGGAGGAGCGCCACCUGCAGGAGAAGCACCAGCUGCUGAAGCAGCAGCUGAAAGACCAGUACUUCCUACAGAGACACCAGCUGCUGAAGAGGCAUGAGAAAGAGAUGGAGCAGAUGCAUCGCUACAACCAGCGGUUGAUAGAGGAGAUGAAGAACAAACAGACCCAAGAGAGGGUCCGUCUUCCCAAGAUUCAGCGCAGCGAGGCCAAGACUCGCAUGGCCAUGUUCAAGAAGAGCCUCCGCAUCACCGCCACUGCAUCUGUCACGCCCGAGCAGGAGAGAGAGCGGAUAAAACAGUUUGCUUCCCAGGAAGACAAGAGGCAGAAGAACGAGAGGCUCCAUCAACACCAGAAACACGAGAACCAGAUGAGGGAUCUGCAGCUGCAGUGUGACUCAAACAUUAGGGAGCUGCAGCAGCUGCAGAACGAGAAAUGCCAUCUUCUGAUUGAACAUGAGACCGAAAAGCUGAAGGAGCUGGAUGAGGAGGACAGCCAAGAGAUAAAGGAAUGGAGAGAGAAGCUAAGACCCAGGAAGAAGGCGUUAGAGGAGGAGUUCACACGGAAGCUCCAGGAGCAGGAGGUCUUCUUUAAGAUGAGCGGCGAAUCCGAAUGCCUUAACCCCACCACCCAGAGUAGAGUAUCCAAAUUCUACCCCAUCCCAAACCUGCACAACUCUGGAUUAUAGCCUCGUGUCUGUCUGUGCUACAAAACAGACUCCUAUCUAACUUGGCUGCGCUCACUGGCUCAUCCUGGUGGAGUGACAUCAUUUCUCCGACCGCUUAGAUUCCACUGUUAGUGAGCAUGACAUGCCUACACACUGUUCCCCCACUUAUUCACAUUUUUUCUCAGCUUGUUGGGGAAUGUCCAAUGAUGAUAAUAUGCACUUUUUUGAGCAUGUUGAAAUUUUAAAAGCCUGCAGUUGGUAGCGAAGGCCAAUCAUGUUUAUCAGAUUAUUGUAAGCACAGCCUACUGCAGUAUGAAUGAUCUCUAGUGCCUCAUAUGUUCUUUUCAUUUCUGCAUUUAGGCCCCUCCCUGUGUAAUACAGCAAAUACGGUGCCCCCUGAAAGUCUUGCACUUCAAUAACUAGUUAUCAUUUUCACCCACAAUCACAAGAUGUUGAGAGAUUAUUUUAAUCAUUUCACAUGUACUGGUGAUUAAGACGACUCUGAGAUCUUGUGUUGCUGCAUGUAAGGUAGAGCUGGUGCAACGGAGAUGUACUGUUGAGUUAAAAGAAAAAGUCUGUAGUUGUAAGACUCUGUUAUGUUAUGUCAAAAACAGCGCCAUGUUGAAAUCACAAGGCUACGAGUUAAAAUGAAAAGGAAUGUACUGUGUUGUUAAUGAGUGAAAUGUUACCUGCGUGUACCUACAUAUGAAGUUCAAUCCGAUACUGUGCUUGUCAUGAGGGUUUUACAAUGUUGAGAACAAGAAUAUAUCUAUUGCUUUAGCACAUCAUUUCAUUUAGGUGCUGUACUCCCACUUAGUUAAGUCCUGGAGAAUGAAGAAAUACAUUUUUAUAUGUAUAUAUAGAAAAUUGAUCACCUUGACAUUAAACAUAAAGGAAUGUAAAGCUGUUGAUUUGCACUUUUGCCACAUGAGCUAAAGAAAAAAUAUGCAGUAGUAAAACUGUCGAUGUAAUUUUGACAGCGAGUCACCUUGGUCUCACCCAAGCCUGUUCAAGCUCCAAACUAACCUUUUUUUAUUUAACUGUUGUUUUCAAAAAUGCCCUUAAGUAUUUUAUGAUCAUAUCUAGUUUUCUAAACUUGUAUUCCUGAUAUAUCAAUGCUGUAAUCGCUCUUUUCUGUGAGCUUUUUGCUCUUGUUAAAACCAGUGUUGUGUGAAAGGUAAAACGUUGUAUCUGUAAUUUUAAUGUGUGAGGAGACGUCCUUCGCUGUAUUUUAGGAGCAAAAGUAUUGAUGGUCCACAAAAAGAGAUUUAAAUGUACCUAAUUAGUUUAUUUUGUCGCUGCAUAUCAUCGAAGCAUGUUCUAAUUUCCGUAUGCUGACAUUGACUAAGUGUUUUGUGCUGAAUGCUUGGUUUUUAUUGGGGUUAAUGGACAUCACACCAUACGCCCCAUAGAUUUCAAAUAUUUUUUUUAUUUUAAGUUUAAAGCAUUUCGAUAAGUUGUCAUUCUACCACAAUGAUUAUUCCUUUGAUGUCAGAUCAAAUGUAUUUAAAGUGUCUUUAUAAAUUGAUUUUUUUGUUGUAAAUAAAAUAUUGACUGUU